UUAGCAAGUAUUAUUUGUAUUUUGUUUACUAGACUGCAGUUUUCGAGAGAAGGUUCUGCGUUUUAGAGUUAUAGUCGAUUUGUUGGCUUAGUCGAAAAUCCCAAAAUCAAAUAUAAUCUAUAAGCAUUUUACCUCAAAUAUGAAUUUGUGGCCAAUCGUUUUAAUUUUAAUGUGUGUCGUGGUCGUCGUUUUUGGUGAUAUUUUUGAUGGAGUUAGAGAAAUUUUUCAUAAGUAUUUUAAUAUGGGAAAACUUGCCAUUACACCACCAGGAAUUGCGGAGAUUAAGUAUCCAAGUGGUGCACGAGUGUAUAGGGGAACUGAAGUGACUCUUGAUCAAGUAAUAAAACCGCCUGAAAUCAAAUGGUAUAUUUAUAAUAACAGUACUCGGUAUACAAUAUGUUUGAUCGAGCCUAACAAAGAUGAUUGGGACAAUUAUAUAAUAACGGGAUAUCGACAUUGGUUGGUAGGAAAUAUACCGGAAGAUUAUAUUUCUAGAGGCGAAGUUCUUUCAGAAUACGAAUUGGGUACUUCGCCUGGAGAAGUGGCAGGAGGAAACCAUACUUACAUAUUUUUGCUGUACAAGCAAAUGUGGCCUUUGAAUUUUGAUGGAUCGCGCGUUGACAACAAGGAUUUUGGUCCUCGUCAACAUUUUAAUUUAACAAAUUUUGUCAUUGAAUAUGCAUUAGGUUAUCCAAUAUAUGGCAAUAGUUUUUGGAUCCAAUAUAAACAACAUGAUGAUACAGCUGUAUGAAUAUUUUGUGAAAUUUUUUUUACGCACAAAAAUAUAUUGCAUUAAUGUUACAUGGACAUAAGUACACAAUCAUGAAUUGAGAAAAAUUCUCGGGGCAAUAAUAAACUAUAGAAUCUCCACCACACUUAAAAAAAAAAAAAAUUUGAUAAUCAUUGGUAUUCCAAAAUCAUACAACUAUAUAAAAUUUUCGAGACUGUAUACAUUUGAUUAGUAUCACCGAUAUUAUAUAAUGUAUUAUACAUAUAUUUAUAAAUCACAUA